AUGAAAGCAGCUUCAAGUUGGUCAGUACCUAACAUCGUUUCUUCCAUCUUAUUUAUCAACACAAUUUUGAUUCUGUUUUCUUCCCCUCAGUUCUGUUUCGCUAGAGAUAAUAUAACAGAAAAAAGUAGACUCGCAGAUGGGGAAACUCUUGUUUCAGCUGGAAAUAGAUUUGAACUGGGGUUCUUUAGCCCAUCAAGCAUCUCCAACGUGAAGAGAUAUGUGGGGAUAUGGUAUAUCUCUAAUCCAAAAAUACUUGUUUGGGUUGCCAAUGGAAAAAAUCCAGUUCCAGAUAAGACUGGAGUUCUAUCUGUUGCAGAUGGCACACUGAAGUUAUCCGAUGACAAAGGGAACCUUUACUGGUCAGCACAGCCUGGGGUUAAGCGUUCGACGCCGGUGGUGAAGCUUAGCGAUACCGGUAACUUGAUUCUACUCGAUCGUUCGAAAAUAUAUCUUUGGCAAAGCUUUGAGCAUCCGACGGAUACAUUUCUUUAUGGUAUGAAGAUGAAUGCCGAUAUCUUAUUAACUUCAUGGCGCAGUGAAGAUGAUCCAUCACCGGGAAACUUCACGUUCAGACUAGAUCCUCAAUCGCGGCCUGUUGUCAUGGAAAAGAGCACCAUUUACUGGAGAUCAGGUAGAGCAGAUGAACUGCCUUCUACAUUAGUCAACUUCUGGAAUUUCAGCCAGAGUAAAACACAAGAUUACCAAGAUAAAAGAAUGGUGUUGAAUUCUACUGGACAUUUACAGUAUUGGGAGUUGGAUGCAGACAUGAAAAGUUGGAACUUGAUAUGGUGGGAGCCAAACAACAACUGUAGUAUGUUCAAUUUUUGUGGCAACUUUGGCACCUGCAAUUUCAAAAGUUGGUUGCCAUGCAAAUUUUUACCCGGUUUCAAACCUAAAUUCUUGGAAAAAUGGAACGCCGGUGAUUUUUCGGAUGGCUGCACCAGAAACUCUUCAUCAUCAUGUGGCAAUGACUUUGUGAGCUUGAAAAGAAUGAAAGUGGAUGAUUCAUACUCACCAAUUACUGUUAAUGAUGAAACAACUUGCAGGGAGGAAUGCCUCAAGGAUUGCCAGUGCCAGGCGUACGCAUUUGUUGGCCAGAGAGACUCCACUAUUUCAUGUUUGAUUUGGUCAGAUGAUCUCAAAAAUCUUCAGGAGGAUCAAGACGGUGGCUAUGAUCUCAAACUCAGGGUUGCGCUGUCGGAUAUAGAAGCAACAACUAGAAAUUGUGGGACUUGUGGCACGAACUUGAUCCCCUAUCCCCUAAGCACUGGACCAGAAUGCGGUGAUCUAAUGUACUUCAGUUUCGACUGUAAUAACGACACAGACGAACUAAGUUUCACGGCACCUAAUGGAAACUACAGCGUCAUUACAGUCAAUCCAGAUGCACGAACAUUCGUCAUCCAAAUGAAAGCCAAAGAGGCAGAUAAUUGUUCUGCUAUGCAUUCUUCAGCAACCAGAAUUUUGCAGUUCAAUCAAUCCUCGCCAUUCAAUGUGACCGGCAACUGCAGAGGCAGUGUUGGCAACUUAACUUCUGAUUCUUCACUAGAAGAUACGGUUGAAGUCGAAAUUAGUUGGAAGCCACCACUAGAGCCAAUCUGUACUUCAUCGGCAGACUGCAAGGAUUGGCCGCAUUCAACUUGCAAUGAAACAGGAAAUGGACUGAGACGGUGCCUUUGCAAUACCACCUUUCGUUGGGAUGGAUCAGCUUUGAACUGUACCCAAGAAGUUGGACAGCUCGAAGGGUCUUCUAGUAGACGCAGGCGACUCCCUUUGAUCCUUGGAAUAUCUCUGCCAAUUGGGACGACCGUUUUGUGCGUUGUAGUUUUGAUAUACAUGUGGAGAAAAAAGGCGGUAAAGAGGCGAGCAAAACAUACAAAAGCUUCUCUUCAUCGGUAUGACACCGAGAGACGGGUUAAACAGUUAAUGGACUUGAGCCAUUUCGAGGAAAAAGAUGGCACAGGCAUAGAUGUACCGUUCUUCGAUUUCAAAAGCAUACUAGCUGCAACAAACAAUUUCUCUGAAGAAAACAAACUUGGAAAAGGAGGAUUUGGGCCGGUUUACAUGGGUAAAUUUCCAAGAGGGGAAGUAGUCGCCGUAAAGAGACUCUCAAGUGUUUCGGGACAAGGCUUGGAGGAAUUUAAGAACGAGGUCGUGUUAAUCGCGAAACUUCAACAUCGGAAUCUCGUGAGGCUAUUGGGAUAUUGCAUUAGAGGAGAGGAAAAGAUUCUACUCUAUGAAUAUAUGCCCAACAAAAGCUUAGACUCUGUGCUAUUUGGUGAAUCAUCAAGCCAAGUACUGGACUGGGAAACACGCUUCAACAUCAUUUUGGGAAUUGCUAGAGGACUGCUUUAUCUUCACCAAGAUUCAAGGUUGAGAAUCAUUCACAGGGAUCUAAAAACCAGUAACAUAUUACUUGAUGCAGAGAUGAAUCCUAAAAUAUCCGAUUUCGGCCUAGCGAGGAUGAUCCAAGGAAAACAAACCGAAGCAAACACAGAUCGAGUAAUUGGAACAUAUGGAUAUAUGGCGCCAGAAUACGCAGUAGAUGGCCUUUUCUCUGUAAAAUCCGAUGUUUUUAGCUUUGGUAUAGUCAUGCUAGAGAUCAUUAGCGGGAAAAAGAACACGAGAUUUUAUCAGGUGGAAGGAGAUGGUCCAAGUCUUGUUGGUUAUGGAUGGAGAUUGUGGGAAGAAGACAAGGCAUUGGAUUUAAUGGACGACAGAGUACGGCCAUGUUGCAAUGCAAGUGAAUUUAUGAGGUGCGUACAUGUUGGGAUGUUAUGCGUGCAGGAAGAUCCCGGUGACCGUCCCACCAUGGUCGAUGUUGUGCUCAUGCUCAGCACUCAAAACUUAAGCCUUCCCGUUCCGAAACAGCCGGCGUACUUGACGAGGAAACCCUUUUCUGCUACAGAUUCUUCGUUUACUAAUGCGGAAAUUAACGUUGAAAUCACUUCUUCAAUGGAAGAAGGUCGAUAGGUUGUGAAAGCUCUCGCUACCAAUGCCUAAAGGGGAACGUGGAUCAACUAAAUCUCUAACUUCGCUAUAAUGGAGGGACCAAAGCUAGAAUUUAACUUUUUCUCAAUUGUACAAGUUCAUUAUACUGUACACAUAUUUUUCAUUGUUCAAAGGGAAACAAAAUUACUAGAUUCA